UGAUAAGCCAAGAUCAUAAAAUAAUACGUUUAAGGGCGUCUUUCAUAAAACAAUGUCUAUGAACUUGGGUGACAGUCAGAAUUGACGCAACCCUAACAAUUGCAAUGAAUACUAUUAUGCUAUUAAGCAUAGCCUAAACGGAACAUUACAUUUUUUUUAUGUCGCCCGUGCAGAAUAGCCUGUAUUUCGUUGGGUAGUCCUAAAUAAAUGUUUGCCUGCCUUAAACUCGUAGUUUUAAUACGACUUCAAUUUUGCCAGGUGGAUCAUUGCAGCAUGCUCAGGAAAGUGGCAGAUAUGCAGCACAGCAUCUGGACUGAUCAUUACCCUGAGAAAACACCACAUCAAGCUGAGAGUGACAGUUUUGUAAGGCCUAUCCCUAGCAAAACAGAGAGAAUAAAAGGACUCAACAGCUACAGGACACCAGGAGUGCCUGUUACUUGUGCUAAUCUACCCGUGCAAGUGUCUGAAAGCCCUAAGGAUCAUUGAGUUAUCUCUGGUCAUGUUAAGAAAAAUGGUCACGUGGAUGAUUUCUACACUCAUGGGACUGACCAGAGAUCUACCCGCCCAGGAUGUGUCUCUACAGUGGUGAAGAAAAUGUAUGAGUCUUCAGGGGAUCACCAAUCCAAAAUGGGGGUGUAACAGGGUACAAGAGAGAGGCAAAAUGGAACAUUGCUACCUAUAGAAGAGAUGAAGAGGCCCCAAAUCUUAAAUUAACCAUGGCUCAAAGUCAGGAGUCGAAAGGCCUCCCACUUCCUGUCACCCAGCGACUUCCUGUUACCCAGUGUGUGAGUGAACUUGCAGCUCCUCGUCAACAAAUGAAAAUGACCUUUUACAGAAGAAGAGGGGCUGGGAUGGAGCAUGUGAAAUAUACUGUGUUUCUUCAGGUCUUAAUCGUCACUGCACUAAUUCAAGACUCUGAUGGAAGCUGUUCAGCCUGCAAUGACGACAGAUGUGCAAAAGUGCAGACAAUAUAUGGAUCGAAUGACACCAUAGUGUAUCAGAGAAGUAACCCCAUGGAAAACCUCACAAGUUGUUCCACCACCUCUGCACCACCUCCUCAGAGUCGGAGGUGUGUUUUGUGUCUUCCUGAUAGAGAUAUAAUCCUCUUUUGCUCAGACAGCUGGGAAGCAGCUGGGCUGCUCGACUGGGAGGUUGAUGGCAUCCGAUUGAAAAACAUCUUUAUGGUUGACUGCCCAGCGAUGAAGACUGUUGAUCGUGUAACAGACCUUACCCCUGGUGAGAUUUCUGGUACCCUCAACGCUGGUAGGAUUGCCGGUAUUGUGGUCUUCUGUGCUGGGAUUGGCCUCGUGUCAGUGUUGGGAAUCUGUUUCUGUUAUCGCAAGAUUGAACGCGAUCGUCAAGAGAGGAGAUAGGUUUGGUCAAAUUUGUCCCCCACCCCUCAGGUGAUAGGUUUGGUCAAAUUUGUCCCCCACCCCUUAGGUGAUGGUUAAGACAGCUAUUGCUUGAACAAUCUUUCUCCUAUUUUUAAUACUAAUGCAUGAUUUAUUUCGAUAUAAAAAAAACAAUCUUAGCUUCUUAGUCAGAUUUUUUAUAUGCGUUACGAAGGACAACUUGUCAUCAAUCCAGACACCCAGGUACUUAUGUUGAAAAUCAAGCUCAAUUUGUGCUCCAUUUAUAGCGCACAUAUGCAGGUCCUCAGGGUCAACAUUUCGUGACCUAGAGAACUGGAUGAGCUUGGUUUUACUUGUAUUUAACACUAAUUUAAGAUCUGUAAGUGAUUUCUGAAUUGAAUCAAAGUUAUGUUGAAGUUCACGAAUGGCCUGCUGCACUGAGGUGGCACAGGAAUACAAAACUGUGUCAUCUGCAUAGAGAUGAAUGCUAAGAGAAUUAACAGUGUUUCCUAUUCAUUAAUAUACAAAGUGAACAAUAAUGGACCCAAAAUCAAACCCUGAGGAACACGUUUUUGAAUCAAGAAAUUCUGAUUUAACCCCAUCUAUGAAGAUGGCCUGAGUUUUGUCGCUAAGAUAAUCCUGAAACCAUAAACAGGCUCUAUAUCCCAGGCCUACUCUUGGUCAUUUCUUCAGCAAAACAGAAUGAUCAACAGUGUUGAACGCCUUUGACAGAUCAAUAAACAAGGCAGCACAGCUCUUUUUAUCAUCCAAGGCAUUGACAAGAUCAUUAACAACUAGCGUGGUUGCUGUGGUAGUACUAUGCCCAGGCCUAAACCCGGAUUGGUUUAUAUUAAGAAAACAAUUAUCAGAUAAAAAGGAACGAAGUUGUACAUGAACCAAGGAUUCAAGAAUUUUAGCUAAACAAUGAGUCUUGAAAUGGGGCGAUAGUUGUCAAGAUAUUUUGCAUCCCCACCCUUAUGAAGUGGCAGAUUUCCAAGCUUUUGGAAUACUUCCUGAUAACAAUGUUAAAUAAAAAAUGUGGUUUACUGAGCCAGCAAUAAGGGGUGCUGCACACUUAAGCAGACCAGGAUCCAAAUGAUCAGCCCCUGUGGAUUUUCUUUGGUCUAAUGUUAACAAAGCAUCCAGGACUUCUUUAUCAGUGAAUUUCCCGAAAAGAAAACUCCUGACCAGCAUGUUCAGUAUCAUUCAAUAGAUUUUCACCAUCUACAUCCAAACUACUCUUUUCAAGAGCUGCCUUUGAAAUACAUUCAAAUAUAAAGCCUGCAGAGAUAAAAUUGUGAUUAAAUCCAUUAAUGAUAUCAAUUUUGUCAGUAAAAGGGCCAGAAUCUAAAUGAAUUUAUUGGGGAGAGAAGAGGAGAUACAACCCUUCAGUGAAUUAACAGCUUUCCAAAAUGUAGCUUGGUUCCCCGUACAUUCAGAUAGUGUAUUAACAUAAUAAUCAGAUGUUGCUUUUUUUUUAAAAACUAGUUUUACACACAGACUUCUCAACUGCCUAAACGACUGCCAGUCCGGGCCCGAGUCUGUGAAUCUAGCUUUGGCCCAGGCAGCAUCUCUGUUUUAUAUGACUUAAGAUAGCUCUGGACUGAACCAAGGGCAAUUUUGUAUUCACAUUUUUUAAAGGGAGCAUGUUUAACUACAAUACAAUUGAAAACAUUUGAGAAGUGGUUCAGAGACAACUCUGGGUCAGGUAUAGAUGCAAUACAAUCAAAGUCACCCAAAUAAAAGGUAAAAAAAAAAAAAAAA